AUGUCAAGAUACAGACCUCUCACCAUAGAUUUUUCAGACAUGACUUCUGCCAAUCUUGCACAAAGAGGAAUAUCAAAGUCUAGUGCUCUAUUUCGUGCAUGCAGUAUGAAAACAAAGAAACCUGGCGAAACUCUGGUUUUGGACGCUACCACUGGGCUAGGGAAAGAUAGCUGUAUAUUAUCAUUACUUGGAUUUAACGUAAUUUGCUGCGAGCGCCAUCCUCUCAUUUCGAUAAUGUUGAAAGCUGCCCUUCACAGAGCUCAAGAAAAUGGCAAGUUUAUGAACAUGAAACACUUAUUUGAAGAGACUGAUUCCCGAACCCUUACUGUGCAAACUUUUGCUCAUUUAAACUUGGAAAUUCCAGAUGUCAUUUAUCUCGAUCCCAUGUUCACUCAUGUAGGAUCAGCACUCCCAAAAUAUGAGCUGCAAGUAUUAAGAAGCCUAAUGUCAUUUCUUGAUUUUGAUAGCUGUCAAACGAACGAAUCUUUCGAAACUUCUUUGGUCCAAUGGGCAUUAAAUCUUGGAGUUAAACGAGUUGUGAUGAAAAGACCCAAAAAAUCUCCAAUCGUGCUUCCAGAUAAUUUGGCUUUCAGCUACUCGGAUGGAGGAGACAUCUUCUAUGAUUUAUUUCAACGAUGA